GGCGGCCACUGGGCAUGCUCCGUCGUCGGGCAGGUUCAGGGCAGUCAGCGGCUGCUAGCCGUGCAGGUCCUGGCUGUUCCUACCCAGGGCGGGCGCGCGAUGGCGGCUGUGAGCGCCUGCAACAGCAGCGGAGGCAGUAGCGACACGUCCAGCACCGGCGAGGAGGAGCGUCUGCGGCGGCUCUUCCAGACAUGCGAUGGCGACGGCGAUGGCUAUAUUAGCAGGUUUCCUGGAGACUGAGUGUAAUAAGAAGGGAAGUUAUGCAUGGAAAGGAAUGACUUGCUGAUGGUCUGCCGACAGCUUAAUAUGGAAGAGUCUGUGGCUGAGAUCAUGAACCAACUGGGCACAGAUGAAAACGGGAAGAUUUCCUUUCAGGACUUCACAAGGUGCCACAUGCAGCUUGUCCGAGAAAUCAGGAAGGAGGAAGUAGGCCUUUCCAUGAAGUCAGAUAAGUCCAGUAAAAAGAAGCUGAGGGACAGAAUCACCUCCUGGCCCACGAGCAGUGACAACAGUCUGGCAGCCAGGGAGAGCUGGGAGUACGAUUCUGGUGCCAGGGACCUCCAGAGCCCCGACUUGCAGAGCCAGCUGCCCCUCCAGAAGCUGCUGGAGUGUGGCGGAAGCUGUUGGCCUCAGCAGGCUGUGUUCCACAAGCUUCUCACACAGUCCCUGCAUCUUGGCACCUCUCCAGGCGGAAGCUAUCUAGAACUGGCCAGUACGGUGAGUACCUCUCUGUUCGCAGAACACACCUUCUGGCCUGUCUGUAUUCCAAUGCCACUAUUUAAUUUUUGAGCUCCAAGGCUAUACUGAGUAUUGUCUUUUCUUGUUGAGCUAAUAAUUUGCCAUUUCCACUGCUGCUGGUAUUGUUGGGCGUGCUCCAAAGUUGCUAGCAUUUAAGGGCUUAGGAACUUCAUUCUCAUGGUAAUAAUAGAGCAGACUUUGAAAAGGUGUUUUGACCAACUCAGUCUAUAACUUGUACAGUCUGAUUUACUUAAGUCCAUGGCAGUUCUUCUAGAACACUCCUGUGGUACCAGU